AUGUCACUGAUUUAUUUUAUCAGCUCCCUUCACCGAGUCCAGAGUGGCCAAAAGGAUGUAGAGGCCGCAGAUGAAGACGAUUUCGACCUCAGGCAGUUUCUUCGCACGACCUCAGCCAAAUCCCAGGCGGCAGGCAUUAAAGGAAAACACGUCGGAGUCCAGUGGUCCGAUCUCACCGUCAUUGGCUCAGGAGGUAUUCGCCUUCACAUUCGCCGCUUCCCAGACGCCGUCAUGGAAUUUUUCAUGUUUCCUCUCAUGCUCACUCUCAACUACCUGCCUCAUCGCUUCAAUCCGUUCAUGCCUGCCCCCAAGCCCAUUUUGAAGGAUUUCAAUGGGAUUGCCAAACCCGGCGAGAUGAUCCUCGUCCUUGGCCGACCAGGAAGCGGGUGCUCAACCUUCCUCAAGACCAUUGCUGGCAAUCGAAAAGAGUAUUUGGAGAUUCAAGGCGAUGUCAAUUACUCUGGGAUGGAGGCCAACCACUUUCUCAGGCACUAUAAAGGGGAGACCGUAUACAAUCCCGAAGAUGAUAUUCAUUAUGCUACAUUGACAGUUGGCCAGACCAUCCGCUUCGCCCUGUCCACCAAAACACCUGGCAAGCGACUACCUGACGUUUCCAAAAGCGGAUUUGUCAAUCAGGUCGAGGAUCUUCUCCUUCGCAUGCUUAACAUCUCUCACACAAAGAAUACUCUCGUUGGCAAUGAGUUUGUUCGAGGCGUAAGUGGUGGUGAGCGAAAGCGUGUCAGUAUUGCCGAGAUGAUGGCCACCGGCGCUUGUAUUGUCUCUUACGAUAAUUCAACUCGCGGUCUCGACGCCUCCACGGCCCUUGACUACGCAAAAUCUUUACGCAUCAUGACCGACAUAUUCGAGAUGACCACUUUUGUGUCCUUAUACCAAGCUGGAGAAGGCAUAUACCACCAGUUCGACAAAGUUUUGGUUAUUGACGAGGGUCGCCAAGUUUAUUUCGGACCUACAACAGAGGCUCGCGAGUACUUCGUUAAUAUGGGUUGGCAAGAUUAUCCACGACAGACAACAGCCGAUUACCUCACCGGAUGCACCGAUCCCAAUGAAAGAAAGUACGGCCAAGGUCGUAGCGCCGAGAAUGUGCCAAGCACCGCGGAUGCUAUGGCAGAGUACUACCUUCAGAGUCAAACUUACCAAGAUGUCCUUAAGGAUGUUGCCCAGUGGAAGGAACGAGUCGAGCGCGAAAAUCCCGUUGAAGAAUUUCGAAUGGCUGUCAGAGAAUCAAAGGGCAGAGGGGCAAGAGCUCAAAGUGCUUACAGCGUCAGCUUCCUUGCCCAAAUAUGGGCCAUUGCCGUGCGGCAAGUGCAAUUGAUUAUCCAAGACCGGUUCACGCUGUUCACGGGCAUGGGUACUGCAAUUGGCGUGUCUCUCAUCACUGGAUCGCUUUUCCUUAACCUCCCGCAAACGUCUUCCGGAGCGUUCUCACGUGGCGGUGCCCUCUUCAUUGCGUUACUGUUUAACUCAUUCAAUGCUUUCGCCGAACUGCCUACCCAAAUGAUGGGACGACCAAUCCUUCACAAGCAAGUUGGAUACACACUCUUCAGACCCUCGGCCUACAGCCUCGGAACCGUGAUUGCAGAUAUGCCUUUCGGUGCAUUCAAGAUCCUAGUGUUCUGUACCAUCAUUUACCUCAUGUGCCACUUUGUGCGAGACGCCGGGCAUUUCUUCACAUUUUACCUCAUAAUCUUAUUCUCCUUCUGGGCCCUGGGUGCAUUUUUCCGGCUGUUGGGCACGAUAACACUGGAUUACAACGUUGCAGCUCGUCUAGCCGCUUUCCUCAUCACCACUAUGAUUGUUUACUCUGGCUAUCUUAUCCCCGUUUACGCCAUGAAGCGCUGGCUGUUCUGGAUUUACUACAUCAACCCAGUCAACUACGGUUUCUCCGCUCUUCUGAUCAAUGAAUUCAAAGAUCUUCAGCUUCUGUGUGAAGGCAAAAGCAUUGUUCCCCACAAUGUGGCCGGCGACAAUUCCUAUGGUACCAGCGUUGGCGCGUAUCAAGUGUGCACUCUACCUGGAGCCAAACCCGGCCAGCAGUACGUAGCCGGCGCCGACUACAUCAACAGCGCUUUUCAGAUCAAGACGGGUGAACUCUGGCGCGACUUUGGCAUCUUGAUUGUCUUUUUUAUCUUCUUUCAGCUCUUCCACAUGUACGAACAAGAGGCCACUCAGAGUGCGGCCAUCCCCGCUAUCACUGUGUUUGAACGCGAGAAUGCUGAACGAAAGAGGCUGAAUGAACGUCUCCAAGAGAGAAAGGAGGCGGCAAAACGUGGGGAAUUUGAGCAGGGCCUGAAGGGGCUAAUUAGAACCCGAAAACCGUUUACAUGGGAGAGGUUGAGCUACAGCGUCCCUGUUGCUGGCGGGCAGAAAAAACUUUUGAACGAGGUCUACGGAUAUGUUUUGCCGGGCACACUCACUGCCCUCAUGGGUGCUAGCGGGGCUGGUAAAACCACACUUCUAGACGUACUGGCAAUGCGUAAAACAAUUGGAGUCGUCACUGGCGAUCUCCUCAUUGCGGGUCGGCCUCUUGGCAUUGAGUUUCAGCGGGGGACGGCCUAUUGCGAGCAACUAGAUGUUCAUGAAAGUACUGCCACCGUCCGCGAAGCGCUCCGCUUCUCUGCGUACUUGCGGCAACCUUACGACGUCUCACAGGAAGACAAAGACGCGUAUGUGGAAGAGAUAAUCGAGCUCCUUGAAUUGCAGGACCUUGCGGAUGCCAUGAUAGGUUUUCCGGGCUUCGGAUUGAACGUUGAAGCAAGGAAGCGUCUUACCAUUGGUGUGGAGCUUGCCGCCAAGCCUCAGUUGUUACUUUUCCUUGACGAGCCAACCUCUGGUCUUGAUGGACAAUCCGCUUUCAACAUUGUGCGCUUCUUGCGCAAAUUGGCCGCUGCAGGACAAGCGAUACUCUGCACUAUUCAUCAACCGAAUUCUGUUUUGUUCGAGCAUUUCGACCGCUUGUUGCUGUUGCAGCGAGGCGGUGAAACUGUUUACUUUGGUGGAAUUGGGAAAGACAGUCGGGUCCUUGUGGACUACUUUGCUCGCAAUGGUGCCACUUGUCCCCCUGGGGUCAAUCCGGCGGAAUUUAUGCUCGACGCUAUAGGUAGUGGAACACAGAAACGGAUUGGGCCUCGUGACUGGGCCGAAAUUUAUCUCGAUUCACCUGAGUUCGAGGAGAAUAAGCGAAUGGUCGCUACUAUCAAUGCUGAGAGUACUGCCAGUCCGUCGGAAGAUGAUCCAUUGGUUUCUCGUACGGAGUACGCUACGCCUUGGUUGUACCAACUCAAGAUUGUCACACUGCGCACUUUCCGUUCGUUCUGGCGUCAAGCUGAUUAUGGUUUCACACGGUUGUUCUCGCACGGGAUCAUUGCGCUUCUUGUUGGAUUGACGUUCAUAAACUUGAGCCAUAACUACGCGUCCUUGCAGUAUCGUGUCUUCGUGAUGUUCUUCGUCACGAUUUUACCUGCCAUCAUUAUAUCCCAAGUUGAGCCGAUGUUCAUCAUGGGACGUCAAACGUUUAUUCGCGAAGCGUCGUCUAAAAUGUACACACAACCCAUAUUCGCCAUUGGUCAACUUAUGUCAGAAAUGCCAUACUCCAUCCUCUGUGCUGUAGUUUAUUUCCUCCUCUAUUACUACCCCACGCAUAUGCGAUUCGCAUCCGACCGUGCCGGCUAUGCUUUCUUCAUGGUAUUCGUGGCGGAAAUCUAUUCUGUGACUUUGGGACAAGCAGUUGCUUCUAUCACACCGAGCAUUCAGGUUGCCGCGCUACUCAACCCUUUCCUGUUGGUUCUGUUCGGUCUCUUCUGUGGUGUCACCAUCACAAAACCGAACAUGCCAAAAUUCUGGCGAUCUUGGAUGUAUCAACUGGAUCCUUUCACUCGCGUUAUUUCCGGGCUUAUGAGCACGGAAAUGCACAACCUCAAAGUUCGAUGUGAUCAGCGCGAAUUCUCCAUCUUUAAUCCACCAGCUGGAGAGCAAUGUGGUUCCUAUGCACAGGCAUUCGUGAAUUCAGCUGGCGGUUAUAUCAACAACCUCAACGCCACCUCCGGGUGCGAAUAUUGUCCCUACAGUGUUGGCGACGAGUACUACACCCCAUUAAACAUUUCGUUCGAGCAUCGAUGGAGGGAUAUAGGGAUUUUCGUAGGUUUCGUUGGUUUCAAUGUCAUUCUCGUAUGUAGAUUGGUCACCGCAUCUCUAAGCUGA